AUGGAUGCCAAAUGUCAAGAUAAUCGCCAUGUCCUCAACUCCCUCUACCUAAAACUCAAGGACUAUCAGUCGAUAUUUCUCACUGUCGAGGACCUCAAACUUCUCGGCGUCGAAGCCUCCCGAGUGGGUAUAUUUAAUGAACAACUGCAAUUCGACCCUUGCUUCUUCCGGCCACAUCCAGAGAGAGUCCUUCACAAAUAUCCACUCGGACGUAACGAUAUUGAAAGGCUUGAUAGUCCACCAACAUUGUAUGACUUUCUAAACGAAGCGAAAAAGUUCUCUACGGAUGAAAAAGAGCAACUUACCAUCGCGAAGUCUAGCCAUAAAGCCCAUUAUGAGGAUUCCACUCAUUGUGGGUGCGAUUCCAUUGCCCUAGACGCUUAUGAACAUGUUGACUCGCACCUUACCCGACCACGAAGGAGGAAUCCAGAUGAUGAGAAAUUCCGGGACUGGUUCCAUCUAGAGUCGCUCACAGACUUCGAGUACUUUGAUUGGGAGAAAGGGCUCAAGAAAGGUGACCCACUACCGAUCCAGAUAUCACCACGAGAUAUGUAUUGGGUAGUGAAAAGCGCUUACCGACCUUGGGAUAAUGGCAACCGCGCGAAGCCACACUGCAUUAUCAACGUCUUGUCGACUGCGUAUGCGAGCGAGGAAGAUCAAAGUUUGACUCUUCAUGAGCUGAAGGCUAUUGUAAAUGUAAUGCUCCCCCCGAGUGGUUCGUGGCCGAUACCGUACAGCCGAUAUCCAUCCCCUUUUGCUCAUUUCAUACAGUGGGUUUAA